UCACUCUAACCAUCUACCUCUCUGUCUGUCUGUCCUGUUUUUCUGUCCUUCCCUGUCUGACUGUAGGUUCUCGGGGGUUCCGCCCAGUAACCUAGGCAACAAUACCAAGUUGGUGGAUUGGAUGCCUCAAAAUGACCUGUUGGGCCAUGCCAGAACAGUAGCGUUCCUGUCCCACGGUGGUCUGAACAGUAUCUAUGAAGCGAUGUACCACGGUGUCCCUGUAGUGGGACUACCUCUGUUUGGGGACCACUACGACACUAUGACCCGGGUGGAGGCUAAAGGGAUGGGCAUCAUGGUUCACUGGAAGAGUAUGACAGAGGAGGAGCUGUACCAGGCACUGGCCACUGUUAUCAACAAUAACAAGUAUCGUCAGCGUGCCCAGGUGCUCUCUUCCAUCCAUAAGGACCAACCAGGUCACCCGGUAACAAGAGCUGUCUAUUGGAUAAACUACAUCCUCCGUCACCAUGGCGCCAACCACUUACGAUCCUCUGUCUACACUGUCCCCACCUACCAGUACUUCCUAUUGGACGUUGUGCUGGUCGUAGGGGCGGGGCUGGCCCUGAUUGGCUACCUGUUUUACCGGAUAGCAGGGCUACUAAGGUCAAAGGUUAAGGUUCAGGAGCGGGGGGAGGGGGUUACCCACGGCCUCGGUGACGGCGACGACAAGGCAAACGGACAUUGCCAUAGCAACGGAGCGGUCUCUAAUGGGAAGCACAAACGUAACGGAGCGCCGGUGAAGAACGACAAGAAAAUGAAGUAAAGGGGCGGAGACUCUGUUCUGGGGUCAGAGGUCGGAGAGGAAGCUGAUUCUGGAAGGGAACCACCAAGGAGCUGGAAAGUCC